AAAACAAAGUAAAAAGCGAAAAUAUUCAGACAGACAUUAAACCUGGCUGCUGUGAACUCACCAACUUAAACUAUAGUAAUUACGUUUAUAAUUUGAUUUUCAUCAGAUUCCGAAUCCUUGAUCAAUCUCAUUGAUUCCCCAGGACACAUUGACUUUUCCUCAGAGGUUUGUAUUGUCUGGUUCAGUUUGUUCUUCAAAAUAAAAUGUAACUUGACAUGGUUGCCCUGGUACCCCCAUCAAGUCAUCAACUUUGGAAUGAUCAAGCAUUGCAGUUUCAAUUCCGUUCACGUUAUUUAGGUUUCAACAGCUGUUCGUUUAUGUGAUGGUACUUUGAUCAUUGUCGACGUUGUAGAAGGUGUUUGUCCACAGGUAUAGUGCUCUAUCACAGUACCAGUUAAUUACUACUAUGUAUAAAAGCUAGUCACCUUGAAAAAACUAUCUAGACAAAAAUUUCAUCACAGCUUGAAAGAGCAUCACAAAAUUAGUAAUAUUCCAAAGUUUCGUUUCGAAAUGUUGUAAAAUGCGGAUAAUAUAGCCUUGCGAAGUUUGCUAUUUUCAGUCAUUUUAGAUUACAAACGGGAAAUUGAUGCCCCAACACCCGAUUGGGCUGUCAAUUUCCCUUGCGUAAUACAAAAUGACUGAAAAACGGCAAAUUUCGCAAGGCUAUAUUAUCCACAUUUUACAACAUUUCGCAACGAAACUUUGGAAUAUUACUAAUUUUCUGAUGCUCUUUCAAGCUGUGAUGAAAUUUUUGUCUAGAUCAAAAUUUUUGUUAUAAGGGGAAAGGUCCAUUGCAUUCUAGACUGCACACAGGCUACAUUGCAUCUCAAUGCACCCUAUAAUAUUAUUUACCCUAUCUAACACCAAACAAUUUUACUUGUCAAGGGGAGAGCCCUGGCACUCGAUGGAUUAACCAGAUUUUUUCUAUUAAUAUUGUAUUUUUUAUUAAUGGCAAACUACAGCGCAUAUUUUUAACACAGUUUUUUUUUCAAACGUUAAGUGUGCAUGUAUUUGCAAACGUUCUUAAAUCGUCGAUUUCAUUAUCUUUUAGACUCAUGCAGUUCUGCGACAAGCGUGGUUAGAAGGGAUCAAACCAUGUUUGGUUCUCAAUAAAAUCGACCGUCUUAUCACAGAACUUAAACAGUCCCCACUGGAAGCAUUUAUGCAUUUACAGAAAAUACUUGAACAGGUAACGAUUUAUAUACUAAUUCUGAAACUGAAGAAAGGGAAGAUUCUUUUGAGUGACCUCUAACUCUGGAACUUCAGCGCAACUUCUGCAUUUUGGUCUUAUUGAAUUAUUUUUUAUCAAGUAUAGCAUGCUAUGCACAAUAAAGGGUUCCAAAAUUGCACGAUUACGCGUUCUCGUUUGAACGAGGCUUAUAAUCCUUUAUGGUAUGCAUCCUUAUGCACCCUACUUUAUUGUUUUACUCUUUCUUAUGCCAGAUGAUUUUACACUGCCUCGAAAACCGACUCAAAAACGUUUGAUGAAAAAUCACUUCACAGUGACUCAAAAUAUCGACUAUAAUUACAGAACUCAAAUUUAUGUGCAAACUUACCCAAUUUUUUUGAGUAAAGCAAGUCUUUACUCAACAAUUUGGCCGAUAAACUUGAAAGAGAUGGAUUUAAUUUCAGGUAAACGCGGUGACUGGGACGUUAUUCUCGACAGAUGUAUUAGAAAAGACAAGUUCACAACAAGCAGAAUCCAAAGUCGUGAGUGAUGAACAAGUAUUUAAUUGGAGUUCUGGUUUAGAAGAAGUUGAUGAUUCUGCUCUAUAUUUCUCUCCUGAUCAAGGAAAUGUCGUCUUCGCCUCUGCCGUUGACGGCUGGGGUUUCAGGUAAAUAUAUAACAAACAGGUUAAUAUCCUGGUCAUCUCAUUCAAUGAAAUUAAAGUAUCGAGGGGUUUUUUGUGAAGGAUGGAAACUCGACUAAAUUUUUAUACGAGGUUAGGUCUGAAAAAAUCACUCCUUCUUAGUACUAUUUAAAACAGAAGUGUUUUAUAUAUAUAUAUAUAUAUGUAUAUAUGUAUAUAUAUAUGUAUAUAUAUAUGUAUAUAUUUAUAAAUAUCUGUUAUUACUUAUUAGAGAAGGGAGGUGCCUUGCAUGGGACUUCUAUAUAUAGCCUCGUUCGCACCUUCCCUUUUGGGCCAGUUGAUAUUGAACUAGUUAUUUUAAAUUAAUUUAUGGCACGUUGUUAAAGUUGUUAAAUAAAAUAAAAUAAAAUAAAAUAAAAAUCUUACAUCUGAUAAAGCACGGACUACGCGUGUUUUAAUUGGCUUAAAAAACGACCCAUAAGCCGAGAAAAUUCAAAGCUAAAAUUUAUGUAAAUGAACAUGAUGAUUUUUUAUCACAUAUAAAGCCACCGACAAGGUAGUGAUUUCCUAGGUUUUAUAUAUGUAUGAUAUUUCUAGAGUGAAUGAUUUCGCUGAAAUGUAUUCAAAGAAGAUUGGUGUACGUUCAGACGUUCUGAUCAAAACACUAUGGGGAGACUAUUACCUACACACGAAGACCAAGAGAAUUAUGAAGGGCGCCCAAGCUAAGGCGAAAAAACCAUUGUUCAUACAGUUUAUUUUGAACUAUAUUUGGGAAAUAUACGACGCUGUUUGCGUUCGAAGGUGAGAAAGCAUUAUGAUAUAAACUAAACGAACAUUAUUUAAAUUGGUUACCUCUAUUGGGUCCAGUGACUUCUAUAACUCUAUAUAUCUGGAGCAACAACUUUAAUCAUGCGGCCUACAAGAAAAGUGAAGCGGAAAUUGACAAGCACAGUGUUUUUCUUACGUUUCUUUAGGGACAAAGAGCGUAUUGAAAAGAUAGUGCAAUCAUUAAACUUAAAGAUUUCAGCUCGCGAUUCACGACAAAACGAGAGUAAGGCUCAUUUACAAGCAAUAUUUCAUCAAUGGUUGCCGUUAUCCAAAGCUGUUCUUGAAAUGGUUGUAGAGAAACUGCCCUCGCCGUUGGAAAUAAGUUCUGAAAGAGUAGAAAAAUUAAUGUGCAGUGGAUUAAGAUCGUUUGAGUCUUUGCCUGAUGAGACGAAGUCACUUAAACAAGGUAUAUAUGGUAUUAUGUAUUCAGGAAUUGGUGUCUCUUUUAGGAGGAGGGAGGUGAUGUUUUGACUUCUUAAUUUAUACCGGAGAGCUUUAUCAGUUCUAUUAAAGCUGUUCUCCGUGAGGGUCAUCUUUUAUUGAUCCGGUUUUCUACAGGAGGAAUUAACCUAAGCUAAACAAACUUUAUUUAUACCGGGUAACUUUAUCAGUUCUAUAAAGUCUUCUCCGCGUAGAGCCGAGGUCCACUGUGGGUCAUCUUUUAUUGAUCCAGUUUUCUACAGGAUUAACCUAAGCUAACAAAGUUAAUUUAUACUGGAUAGCUCUGUUUUUCCUAGAGGACAUUGAUCCAGUGUUAUUACAAGAGGAAACCUAAACUAACGUUAUACUUUCCACUGGAUAGCUCUAUAUCAGUUCUAUAAACUGUUCUCCCUGGAAGUCCAGUAAGAGCCAUCUCACAUUGAUCCAGUAUUCAUUGAGGAGGAAACCUAAACUAAACUUUAUUUCAUUUAGCGUUCUUAAAAUGCAGUUCUGAAGAUGGAGAUCCAGUGAUUAUAUUUGUCAGUAAAAUGUUUGCAGUUGACGAGCAAGCCUUGCCACAAAACAGACGUAGGUAUGGAUGAUUGGAUGUUUAUGUGGUUUUUUUUUGUAUUUUCAAUGCCGUUCAAUGCUAUAUUAUACGGGAAAGUCGGCCAUCCCGGGCAGGUGAGAUAAAGCCUUCAUACAGUAUAUGGAAAAGUUUAUAUUCGUGUUUCCAGGCCAUUGACACAAGAAGAACUGGCUCAAAGGCGGGAACGAGCAAGACAAAAACACACUGAAAUGUUAUCCGCAAGGAAAAAAGACGAAGUCGACUCUGCCACGACAUCCACUGAACCAGAGGCCAUCAUUCAAAACACAAGUACAACCGUCGAUGGUCAAGCAGAGAUAUCACAAACUGACGGUACCUCCGAGCUGUGCAAUGAUAAUGCAAAUCCCAGCGAACCCCCAGACCAGUUUCUUGCGUUUGCGAGAGUUUACAGUGGCGUGAUUAAGAAGGGAGAGAAAUUGUUUGUACUUGGACCAAAACAUGAGCCUUGCACGGAGGAUGUUGUAAACGUUGAGGACGUUAGUGAGCAGAUGUAUUCACAGUAAGUGACUAUUGUCGUUAUUGUAUAAAAGACGUUGGUAUUUAGUUCUCCGGCUUUUGACAGCACACUGGUUGUUAGGGCAUGCAUGUCUUUUACUUCUGGGACGAAAAUUUAUCUCCUGCACAACGGAGGUGUCUUAAGGGGGCAGCUUAGAAUUUUCAAGAAUGAAUAAAGUUAUAGUUACGUUUCGAUUUCCUCCUGCAGUAACACUGGCAUAACAAUGGAAAACAGUUUAGAACUGAUAUCGUGUGUAAACAUACUUUUAUAAAGACUUCGAAUGAGUUAUCCAACAAUCCAAACCAAGGCGCCAGUAUAAUAGCUGACUAGCUGUGGGCUGUUCCUCCCCAAGGCCUUUAGAGAAGGUUGACACUUUAGACGCUUUGAACAAAGAAUCUUUGAGAGUUUAUACAGAGUAAGUACAUACAGAGGCCUCACUUCGGGUUAAUUUAGCGAUUUUUUAAGGACGCCAUAUUUUUAGCAAGUGUCCCAAAGAAAAGCCGUCACCCCCCUCAAAACAUUUUGAAAUUUAAUGUUCCAGGGGGGGGUGUGAAUGCCUCUCUUUAGCACACUUGCUAAGAACAUGGCCGCCAGAUAUGCGCAGUAAAAACUACCUUACGUUUUCCCGCACAAGUGAGACCUCUGUAUGUACUUACUCUGGGAUAUAGGUCAGUCUACAGUAUACGUGUUCAAUAUUUUUCAUCCUUAGGUCCAACAUGUCAGUUUUGUCAGCGGCCCAGUCAAUAGAUCGUCGUGAGAGUGGACAACACAUGGCUAGUUUCACUGUGAAAAACCUCUAUCUGUUGAUGGGACGGGAGUUGGAAUCGUUGACCCGGGUCCCAGCUGGAAAUGUCGUGGGUAUCGGCGGCUUAGAAAAUUACAUCCUUAAAUCCGCUACUAUAUCAAGUACCUUGGCUUGCCCACCGUUUACCGCUUUACCUUACGAUGUGAGACCGAUUGUUCGCGUGGCUGUGGAACCACUCCAUCCGGGCAACAUGUCAGCCUUACAUCGCGGGAUGUGCCUGCUUAAUCAGGCUGACCCUAUUGUCGAAGUUCUCGUGCAAGAAACAGGUAUGCUUCAUUGCAUUGUCCAGCGUGGGCGGAAAUGUGGCUAGGGUAUUUGAUCUUAUAGUAAUACUGGAUCAAUAAAGGCCUCCAAGGAGAUCUGGUUAGAAUGGAUAGAUCUAUCCAGUAUGAACAAAGUUAAUUUAGUUUAGGUUUCCUCCUAUAGUAACACUGGAUCAAUAUGGGAUGAUCCUUACUGGACCUCUAGGGAGAAUAGUUUAGAAAUGAUAGAGCUAUCCAGUAUAAAUAAAGUUACUUUAGCCUAGGUUUCCUCUCGUAGUAACACUGGGUCAAUAAGAGACGAUCCUUACUGAACCUCUAGGAAGAACAAUUUAGAACUGAUAGAGCUAUUCAGUGUAAAUAAAAUUAGUUAAGUAAAGUGCUUUUCCAUCAAAGCAGAUGACCAAGUAAGUGUUUUUUUUCUCAGGGGAACAUGUUUUGGUUGGAACUGGUGAGGUUCACAUUCAACGAUGCAUAGAUGACUUGAAGAAACGUUACGCCAAUGUGAAGUUGAAAGUAUCCGAUCCCAUAAUUCCAUUCAGGGAAACAGUCGUGACCCCACCCACAGUUGACAUGGUCAAUGAAGUCAUUCAGAACGAGCCUGGUAAUGUUCAGGCUGGGAAAAAUAUUACUAAAGAAAACAGAGAGGUAGGAAACCGUUACAAAUUCAAAUUUUCAGCAAUAUGCAGUUGGCUGAUUAUCAUUUCACUUCAGUUCCGUGUGAGAAGAGUGGUUCCAGUUUGACUCUAGCAAACACCACAGGUUUUCUCUGGGUAUACUCUAAUUCCAAUAAGAGAUGACUUUUGUUUGGACCUCUGGGAAGACCAGUUUAGAACUGAUAGAGCUAUCCAGUAUAAAUAAAGUUAGUUCAGUUUAGGUUUCCCUGUAGUAACACUGGAUCAAUAAGAGAUGAUCCUUGCUGAACCUCUAGGGAGAACAGUUUAGAACUGAUAGAGCUAUCCAGUGUAAAUAAAGUUAGUUUAGUUUAGGUUUCCUCCUGUAGUAACACUGGAUCAAUAAGAGAUGAUCUUUACUGGACCUCUAGGAAGAACAGUUUAGAACUGAUAGAACUAUCCAGUAUAAAUAAAGUUAGUUUAGUGUAGGUUUCCUCCUGUUAUUUUGUUUAACAUUUGAUGAUGUCACUUACAGUUUAUUCAAGGAGAGGCAAGUGACUCCAAACAUGAAAACGAUCAAACGGAAUCUCAAAAUAUCGCUGACGUCAAAACUGGUUUAUAUCGCGCGCAGACUGGUAACAAACGAUGCACGAUCUUCAUCCGGGCAUGUCCGUUACCCGAUGACGUCACCCGACUGCUGGAUACUAGUCCCAGUCUCCUGAAAGAUUUGCAAUUUUUGCGGAAAACCGGAACGGGAAAAAUUAAGGAAAGCGCUUUGGAAAAGUUGAAGGAAUUUUAUGAGAAAUUGAGAAACGCAUUUGAGGAGUCUGGGGAGGAAUGGCAAGACGCUGCUGAUAAGAUUUGGGCAUUUGGACCAAGACAUGUUGGUCCUAAUAUCUUGUUGAAUAGAAUAUCUGAUUAUCAGAGACCUUCAGUAUGGAGGGAUAUAGGUAGGUUAUAUUUUGUCAAAAUUUGUGAUGAAGAUGAGUGGAGGACUAUAUCUCAAUGGGGUGCACGCGUCAAAAUCUCACAGCUUGUAUUUAGUUUAGUUGGACCUCUAUGGAGAACAGUUUAGAACUGGUAGAGCUAUCCAGUAUAAAUAAAGUUAGCUUAGUUUAGGUUUCCACUGGACUUCUAGGAAGAACAGUUGAGAACUGAUAGAGCUAUCCAGUAUAAAUAAAGUUAGUUUAGUUUAGGUUUCCUCCUAUAUAGUAACACGGGGUCAAUAAGGGAUGAUCCUUACUGGACCUCUAGGGAAAACAGUUUAGAACUGAUAGAGCUACCCAGUAUAAAUAAAGUUUAGUUUAGAAUUAAUAUAACCUCGUUCUCACCUUUAGUAAAAGACGAAAGUCAAUCACUUGCAGAAACAUCUUACCGUGAAUACGACAACAGUAUAAUCAAUGGUUUUCAACUUGCUACCUCGGCUGGACCGUUGUGUGAAGAACCUCUGAUGGGAGUCUGUUUUAUUAUCGAGAACAUUAUCAUUGAUUACAGUUCUCAAGGCGAGGGGGAAAUGGUUAAACAAAAGGUAGAAAACGAUGGAAAUUUACAUCUAUAUGGUAAAGGUGGUAAACUCACUUGCCCCACAGAAGAGCCUGAAGAAAUCCAAAAUCCAGGUAAGUCUAUCAAGGCAGGUAGGAUGAGAGUGGGGCUAUCUCGCGCUGUACAAUUUUAUCCAUAUAUGUCCUUAAUCCCGCCGUAUCAAACGCAUGAGAGUUGGCAGUCACACGACCUUGGUGAGUUGUUCUUAAUGCUUUCCAAGUAGCGACUUGUCGAUUUCAUCAUGCUCUUUCCCAGAGAGAAAAAUUUCAUAUGGUUAUAACAGAAUUAGAGAGUGCUCUUCGGACACAAACGUUGGUCAAUUGAAUCCCAACUCGAGUUGAUAUAAAUUGUAAAUUGAUUUUUUCUGUGUAGGUGUAAUGUACUCAGGUGAAUAUGAUGCUUGUGAUGUUACUCUGAGUGUAUAUCCACACCAGACAAGCUUGAAAAAUAUGCCUGGCCACGGUGGGAAGGCAUAUUUUUCAAGCUUGCUCGGUGUGGAUAUACACUCAGAGUAACAUCACAAACAUCAAAUUGUAAACUAUUUAUAAACUGCUAUGGGCACCGAUUUGAAAGAACUGUUUUCAAAAUAGAAUUUCCGCUAUCUUUUUCUGUUCAUAUUUUUUGUCUUUAAUUUUCAAACAAACGUGCUUUCCAAGAAUCUAUUCUCGUAAUUUUAAAGAGUUGCUCGCGGAAGAGAAGGAAAAAGACGUGAAAGCGUUGGAUGACUUGAAUGAAAAGUCUUGUGUGGUUUUAAAAAAGAAAGAAACUACAAGUGUUAAUUCGCUUGGUAAUGAGCAAGAUUCUGCCCUGUCACAACGAAGCAACACCGUAGAAAAACAGGUAGAGGAAAAUACAAAGAACUCAAGCCAAGAAACAAGCAAGCUUGUUUCACGUCAGACAUUAUUCAGUAUUCUCUCAGGACAGAUUAUUUCUACCGUAAAGGACGGCUGCCGACAGGCAUUCUUACUGCAGCCCGCGCGCCUGAUGGCAGCUAUGUACACCUGUAAUAUUCAAACGCCUGCAGAUGUUUUGGGGAAAAUGUACGGAGUCAUAGCAAAACGUGAAGGCAAAGUUCUUGGCGAGGAAAUGAAGGAGGGAUCAGAUGUAUUUAUAGUGAACGCAGUAUUGCCUGUGGCAGAGAGUUUUGGGUUUACGGAGGAAAUUAGGAAACGAACCAGUGGUCUGGCAAGACCUUUAUUACAGUUUACUCAUUGGGAGGUAAAUAUAGUCAAUUUAACAAAUAUAAAUAUCAUGAUAUGUUAUAUCAACACGAGUGGAAAAUGGCUAAACGAGAAAUUGUGUGGAAACACGACGCCCGGAGGGCGGAGUGUUUUCACACAAUUUCUCGUUUUCCCAAUUUCCACGAGUGACAAUUCAGUGAGCUGAAUAAUAAUGUAAUGUAAUGUAAUGAUUCCAGUCAAACUGUGAUCUACUGGGCAGAUUUUUGUAUCCAAACGCCAGGCUUUAGGAAUAAGCAUGUUGAUGUCCGUGUUAUAUCAUUUUCAGGUAAUAGAUCUUGAUCCUUACUGGGUUCCAACCACCGAGGAAGAAUAUCUUCAUUUUGGAGAGAAAGCAGACUCUGAAAAUCAAGCUAGGAAAUACAUGAACAGUGUUAGGAGAAGGAAAGGACUGUAUGUUGAUACUAAGACUGUAGAACAUGCUGAGAAACAGAGGACAUUGAAGAAAUAAGAACAGUUUAGUCAUUUUGGAGAGAAGACGGUCUCCAAGAAUCAAGCAAGAAAAUACAUGAACAGUGACGAAGGAAAGAAUUGAUCUUUAUAUCGUUCUGGAAAACAGAGAACAUUGAAGAAAUAAGAACAAUUUAGUAAAGAGUUGGAAGGAAAGGAGACGAAGGAAAGAAUUGAUCUUUAUAUCGUUCUGGAAAAUAGAGGACAUUGAAGAAAUAAGAACAAUUUAGGAAAGAGUUGGAAGGAAAGGAGACGAAGGAAAGAGUUGAUCUUUGAAGGCCCAUUUCCACUGAGGAAAAUUUUCCGCGGAAAGAAAAUUUUGUAAAAUGUGAUUGGCCGACACAAAUUUUCCGUCGCCGGAAAAGAAUGUUGAAGUUGAAAAUUUUCAACUUUUAACAAUGAUAUUUUCGGAAAAUUUUCUGCCCGUGGAAAUUUUUCUUGAGUGGAAAUGGACCUUUCUGGAAAAAGUUCGUUCUGGAAGCAGAGAACAUUGAAAAAGUGCUUAAGUAAAUCUAUCGAUGAACUUUUGAAAAGAGAACCAUUACGCGAACAGACGAUAUGAUGAAAAACAAAGAUGUUGCAGAGCCUCGGGUAUAUAUAGGUGGCGGUACUUCAAGAAUAAAGCAAAACAAAACAAUGUCACAACAAGACAAGUGAAAGUGCAUGUAUAACAGGCUAAGACAUGGCAAGAUCUCUUUGAAAUUUAUUUUAAAUACAAAACAAAUUCGCAGAAAUAAGUUAAAUGGUGACAAACAGUUGUGUGAAGAAGAAAGGAAUUGUAUGUUCAUGUACUGUAGAAAAUGAGAACCAGAGAAUACUUGUACAAAUAAGUCUCCAGAACACUUAAAGUGAAUGAAGCAUAAUUUGAGUUGAUGAUAAAUAUUUAUUGGAAGCACAUAACAUGUUCAGACAAUUUUAAUUAUAUUCUAAUAUAUAGAUAAAUCUAUUUAACGUCAAUCAACGACGGUUUAAUGGUUUUGGUUGUUUUGAGUUAGUGCAAAAUGGGUAUCAUUCCUGUUAAAUAUUGUUAGUGAGUGAUUCUGUUUUCAGCUGUUAUCGUUGUCAGUUGCCAAAAUUCACUGUUAUUUAAAAUAUGGGGAACAUGAUUAUAUGGUAGUCAUGUGAUCCUAUAUUUUACACUUCUUGCUCUGGUUAUCCUUAUCUGACAAUUCUAUACAAUCUCCAAUAUAUAGUAUUAGUGACAAUUAAAUACAUUAAAACCCUUAUUGUCUCCUAUAGUCACAUCUUUACCACUCCUGCUCAUCUUCAUCCCCUUGGUCGUCGUCAAAAGACAGGUUGGUAAAUUUAUUCAUUCGUUCCAGCGCCUUCUUGAGGAACUCCGCGCCGUCAGGUGAUAGCUCCGCUGGUUUCUCUUGACUCACAACUCUACGUAGUUUGACAUUCUGGAUGGCGCGAGUCAACUCGUUGCCUGACGGAAAUCCUUUCUGAUUGUUGUUCACUGCAGGAGUUGUGUUAUCUGAAGAAAAAAUAAGUUCGAUGAGAAUGUGGGGAUUGGUCAGGAUUUUGGGCAUCGUAUACUAGGGAGGCUUGUAUUCGGAUGUUUACGGUAUAAAUACCACAAGACACACCUUGUUUUUUCAAGCGACAUCGGGCAAUUUUCAAAGCAUCCAAAUCCAAGGUCUGUUGAGACAGAGAACUUGCUUGACCCGCCGGAGACUUGUUUCUCCUCUGACCCGUGAUCGCCACUGCCGAGAAACUCGGGGGAGGUAGUAUUCCUGGGGGAGGAGGGGGUGGGGGAGGUGGUGGCGGACAAACUGCCCCAGGAGGUGGGGGAGGAGGUGGGGGACAGAUAGUACCGGGAGGUUGGGGAGGAGCGUAAACUGCCCCCGGAGGUGAAGAUGUGUUGUUGCUACCAAUAGAUCCGUUUUCUUUUGGGGAUUCGUCUUUUCUUAGAACAGGUUUAGCAAGGGGAGUACUGGUGGCUGUGGUAGGUCGAGCACUCGCAUUUGUAUCCAGGUUGGGGGUAUUUUUCAUUUUCUCUUCCUGUUUGCGCACGGAGGGGGCUUGGUAACGAGGCGGUUUCACGUCUUUGGCUUUUGGGUUUUUCUAUG